AUGUCUCUAUAAAUUCAAGAUACCCUUUCAAAAUAUUCGUAGACUAAAAAAGUGGGAAAAGGAUUCUAAGGUAAUGUCUACGAAGUUUGGGAUAUUCUAGAUCCCAAUAAAAAACCACUAGCAGAAAAGAUACAAAGCCUAGAUGAAAUUUAUGGAAAAAUCAAGAGCUCUAUCAUAAAUCAGCAUUAAUAGCCGUUGAAUAGCGAACAUUUAAAGGAAUAAGUGAACAAAGAAAAACAAAAAAUAACUAAGGAAAUACUUCGGAUGCUUAGAGAAAUUGCAUCUAUUCAGCUUAAGCAUCUGAAUAUAGUCGAAAUACAUGACUCUUUUCUCUCUAAUGAAAGCGAAUUCAUCACCAUAAGUGAAUUAGCUGAGGAAGAUCUUUACCAUUUUGUUUAAAAUCGAUUCAAUGAAAGGAAUUCGCUCACAUGCUAGCAAGUUUCAAUGAUUCUUCUUUAAAUUCUUAAUGCCCUAGAGUACAUUCAUAAUAAAAACUUCAUUCACAGAGAUAUCUCUCCUUAAAAUAUCCUUGUUUUCGAAGAUUAAUCUAUCAAGAUAUGUGAUUUUGGGUUCGUAUCUUAUGGCGAAUAGACACAAAAUCUUGUAGGAAAAUUAGAUUAUAUAGCUCCAGAAGUUUCUUCUUAUGAAGAUUAAAGCUAUGGCAACUCAAUUGAUAUAUGGUCCCUAGGAAUAGUGCUUUAUUACCUUUGUACUGGAUCAACAUACAACAAAGGAAUAUGA